UUGUAUGAGCGGAUGAUGGAAGAAAACAGCAGAGAACAUCUCGAUACUGAUAAUGAAGCAGGAGGAGAGGAUGCUCUCGUGGGGAACGUGAACAAACUGAUGGUCACUCCUCCAGGAUACACCGGACCGCCCAAGAAGGGCCAUGUCAUUUUCGAUGCCUGCUUCGAGAGUGGUAACCUGGGUCGUGUUGACUACAUCAGUGAAUUUGAGUUUGAUCUGUUCAUCAGGCCUGACACGUGUAACCCGCGCUUCAGAGUGUGGUUCAACUUCACGGUGGAAAACGUUCGGGAGACUCAGAGGGUGAUUUUCAACAUUGUGAACUUCAGCAAGACCAAGAGCCUGUACAGAGAUGGGAUGUCCCCCGUGGUGAAGUCGACCAGCCGGCCUAAAUGGCAAAGACUUCCAGCCAAGAAUGUGUAUUACUACCGCUGCCCUGAUCAUCGGAGGAACUACGUGAUGUCUUUCGCCUUCUGUUUCGACCGUGAGGAUGAUGUUUAUCAGUUUGCAUACUGCUACCCCUACACUUAUUCGCGUCUGCAGCAUUACCUGGCCAGCCUGGAGCGCAGAAACCUCGAUUACCUGCAGCGAGAACAGCUGGGCCUCAGUGUGCAACAACGAAGGCUGGAUCUUCUGACCAUCACCAACCCCGCCCAUCUGAAACAAGAGCAAGAAAAGCGGGUGGUAUUUCUCACAGCCCGCGUUCACCCCGGAGAAUCACCUGCUUCCUUCAUCUGUCAGGGUGUCAUUGACUUUCUGGUUAGCCAACAUCCCAUCGCUCAGGUCCUGCGGGAUCAUGUGGUCUUUAAGAUUGUCCCGAUGCUGAACCCUGACGGCGUGUACCUGGGAAACUACAGGUGUUCUCUGAUGGGCUUCGAUCUGAAUCGUCAUUGGCAGGACCCUUCCCCUUGGGCCCAUCCAACUCUUCAUGCUGUCAAACAACUCAUUGUCCAGAUGAACCAGGACCCAAAAGUGAGUUUGGAGUUUUACAUCGACGUCCAUGCCCACUCCACCAUGAUGAAUGGAUUCAUGUACGGUAACGUCUUUGAAGAAGAGGAGAGAGGGCAGAGGCAGGCCGUCUUUCCUCGACUCUUGUGCCAAAAUGCCCCCGACUUCUCUCUUUCCAGCACUACGUUUAACCGUGAUUUGGUGAAGGCUGGCACCGGUCGGCGGUUUCUGGGUGGUCUUCUGGACGACACAUCAUACUGCUACACACUGGAGGUCUCCUUCUACAGCUACCUGACUGCAGGAAGCAGUUCACCUGUCCCGUACACUGAGGAUGGCUACAUGAAGUUGGGGAGAAACGUGGCUCGGACGUUCCUGGAUUACUACAAACUGAACAACCUGAUAGAUGAAAGCAAGAGCACAGGACACAUUAACAGCACUUUCGAUGGAACAUCCGCCAGUCAUCACGGAAACAAAAGUGGAAACGGAAAGGUGAAAAGCGACAGAAAACACGGAGCCAGGGAUUUCUGAACGCACAGGGAACAUCACUAAGCAUUAUGGCAAGCCGUUUUGACAUUUAAUCAAUAGCCCAUACUA